CAAAAGUUUAGACAGUUACGAUGCGCUCGACGGCGACCAUGUUCCUGCGUCGAAGUGGACGUGUGUUCUCGACUGCCUCGACCGGCCGUCGCGUGUUGUGCUCGCUGCAGGAGCUACGAAACCUGCAGGGCAAAGGCCUCAAGUUUCCGUUACACCCUCCAGAGCCGAAGGAAGCGACACCAAAGACCGACACGAAGCCUCGUCGUCGACGAGACCUGCUGACAACCGGAUUCGUGUUUUACAACGAGAAGACGCAACAACCUCGAGCCUUUAUCAACAGGUGUCCCCACGCGAUGCUGGAGCUCGACUUUGACGACAGCGAUUUCUUCUGCGAAGGCUUCAUCCAUUGUAAAGUCCACGCAGCGUUCUUUGAUCCAGAUACAGGAAUUUGCCUUCAAGGCCCCAUUUCAUCACGGAAAGCUUUGAGAGGUCUGGAUGAGCUUCGAAUGGAAGUAGAUGGAGAGGAUGUUGUAUUACUGGCUGAACAAGCCAAGGCGAGAUUUACCUCCAUGCCUGCUUACGACAGUCAGGAGCCGGAGGCCUAUAAGCGCGAGAAGCAGCGAGAACUGGCGGAGGCACUUUCGAAGCGCUCGGAUAUGUCGGAGGUGGAGGAGAUGCAACUGCGGUUGCACGAGAAGACGAUGGCGCGGUUGGAGAAGUACGGGCAGAUGAGUAAACCAGCGCGUAAACCGAAGAAAUAGCACGAGCGAAGCCAAGCUUUCUAAUAGUACACGAGCUAGCCCCGCUUACAAACUAC